UUCUGUUCAAUAGAUAGGUUAAUUUGUGCCAUAUUUUAGAUUCCACAUAUCAGUGAUAUCACAUGGUAUUUGUGUUUCUCUUUCUGACUUCACUAUUUUAACCACUUUUAAGUGUACAUGUCAGUAACACAUUAACUGUGAUUUAAGUACACUCACAGGGUUGUGCAAUCAUCAUCAUCCAUUUUCAGAACUUUUUCUCAUCCCAUCAGAAACUUCAUACCUGAUAAAUAAUUCCCUACACUCCUCUUUCCCAGUUUCUAGUAAGGCUGGUUCUUAAUUCAACUCUUAGUAAGGUAAGUUCUUGAUUGUGAAUUAAUCUUGUCUUUGAAACUAGAUUUUUAAGUGUCUUGAGAGCGGCAGGUAACAUAACUCAAAUGUCUCUGUACCUUUGACACUGUCCAGCUUAGGGAUCAGCACAAAUUGUUGUCUCAUCACAUCUGUUCAGUGGUGGACUGGGUGUUGGAGGAGGGGCCAAUAGGCUAUUCAGAGAUUUUGAGCCUAAGAACUUCGGGAGUGUGGGACUGCUCUCAUCAGGCCAAAAACUUCUUAGGAAAGUCAGAAAUCCUGGAGUCUUGGAAACGUAUCACAAUGUCAAUAGGGGUCACGAAGUUGAUGUUAAUAUAUGAAUCAGGGAGUUCCUGCUGUGGCUCAGUGGGUUAAGAAUCUGACUGCAGUGGCUCAAGUGGCUGCAGAGGCACAGAUUUGAUCCUUGGCCCAGUGCAAGUGGGGUGAAGGAUCCACUGUUGCCACAGCUAUGGCAUAGGUUGCAGCUGUGGCUCAGAUUUCAGUCCCUGGCCUGGGAACUGCCAUAUGUCAUGGGUGCAACCAUAAAAUGAAUAUAUGGACAUAGGAGUGGUGGGUAUUGUGGUAUUAGAGCAUGAAAGAGUAUUUGCUUCCUGCACCUUAGACAACCCAUACAGACCACCAGACACUCUUAUCUGAACACUGUGUUAUAUGAGCUUCUCUAAGACAAGUAAGGUCUGUGAUGCCCACGUGUGACUUGGGAAACAGGAGGCCUUUGUGAUGCAGUCUGGUGGUCUAGUUCUGUCCUCUGUGAGGCAGACAUGAUAGGUCUAGAAUUUGUAGGCACUGGGUUCUAAGACCCUGAAAGCCUAGGAAGCCUAGGAAGAGGGAUGGCUAGUGAGGUUUAGAUUAUGUUGAGCCCUACCUUUAUUCUGUGGGAUGUUGGAUAUCCCUUUUACACUUAUGGCUCCAUCCUUAUUAUUGCAUUAAUUAUUUGGCAAGUGAGAAAGAAUCACCGAGAUUUAAGGGUGGGACCUAACAGGAGCUGCUGCCGGCGUCACCGGAGAGUCAAACAAAGGGCUAAAGAUAAAACGUCAAGAGCUAGGAGACUUUCCCGGAAAGAAGCUGAGAAGCCGUGGGAGCUGCUCUCUGUCAUGAGAAGCCAGGACUGGCUUCCUCAGGAGGGGAGUGUGCGGCAGCUCCUGUGUGCAGAUCCCUGCUGCCAAAUCUGCAAUGAUGUGGCUCUGGAGAUUCAACAGUUGAUAUUGGGUGAGAGUAGCCUGACCACGCCUACUUCAUCGGGGCCAUCACAUGGCUCCUCUUGCCUCGAUAUUUUGUCCCUGUCUAGUCUCUGUUUUGGGCAGAGUCAGCAUUCCCUGCAUUCCAAAGAGCUUUCACGUCCAUCAGCAACCCGCACGGUGUCACAGCUAACAACUCAGAAAUCCUUAACCCAGUUAGCUGCCAAGUCAACUGUCAAGUCAGCCACCAAGUCAGCCAGUGCAGUCACCAUCCAUGAUUACUGGGCUGACCACCAACAGCUAAGGCAGGGAUUUCAAGGGCCAGAUGUGCCCUGGGAUGCUGGAGUUUUGUCUUCUUCAAGCGUUGAAGAGCCUAGGAUUCAUCGAGACAAGAAGAGCAAUACUAAAUGUGUCCCAGAGAAACAAGGUCAGCAGCCCUUUCUUUCUCUGAACUCAAAGCUUACAAACCUAAAAUACCCCAUGGGUCACACUUUCUGGGGCCAAAAGCUGCAGGGUCUGGCAAAGACAGCCAAUACUCACAAGAGCCCUACCCUUCCAGAAGGUGCAGAAGCUGGCUUGGGAGAUAAGACGAAGCACUUUCCACAUUGGAUUAACCCUGAGGUGAAAGGUCAAGGGCAUAAGGAAUCCGUUCUCCUCUCUAAGGAUGAGAAAAUGACCGAAACCAAGACAAAAAAUGUUGAGAAGAGUCCACCUCCCACCAAACGCUCUGUGAAGGGAGCUAAGUCAGACAAGACAACAGAGGAGGAGGGCAUGGCCUUCUUUGAUGCCCUCCAGUGCCUAGACAAUGAGUUCCAGCAACACUCCCUUCAGUCCAACCAAUCUUGGUUCCUGCACCUUUCCCACAACAGCUCCAAGCACUGUCCUCAGCUGACUUCUGCCACUCAGCCAGAAAAUACAUCCCAUGUCUCAACUGUCACCUCAGCAUAAGGCACCUGCCUAUACAAGGAGAAUACCCAAUCCAGGAAAAAGGAGUUCAUAGGUUCCCAAACUUCUGCAUCCUCCUGAAAAAGGCUGUUGUCAUUUCCAUUAAUAUGCAGGUGAGGCAGGAACCUCUCCAAAUAUACUCUAUACUUCUAAGCAAAGAACCACCUGUUUGUGCCUCCUUAUUUUCAAUUUGGUGUGUGAUGGAGAGAGUUGAGGCAGUAGAUUGCACUUCCCAUAUGAUAUAGGAGCUCAUACCUGUAUUUCAGACGGGUCAGCAUUCCAUCCUGGACUAUUUAUAAAGGGAUUUGGGCAGAGAAGGAAGACCCUCAUCUAAGGUGCAUUGAAGGUAAAGAUCAGGCUUGACUUCUUCUAUCAUGGCUUCCCAUGUUGUCUUUGAGCCCCAGAGGAGAAAAGUGUGCAUGAUGAUAGUACAAGAAGUAAUGGCGAGGAAUCCAAGUGCAUUUUUGACUCACAUGCACAAAUCAUUGUUAACUUCUACCUAUGCUCACAAUCUGGAGGGAAGGUUUUAAGGAAGUAUUACAGUAUUCCAGUCCUUGAGAAGGUGCUUUGUGUUUAUCAAAACCACAUAGCUAAUAUGACAGAUGUUAGAAACAAGUGAUAAAAUCUCUCCUCUCUGUUUGACAUCCACUGCCUUUAAGAUCCAUGGAAUAAAUGCCUCCUAGAAUGAAAAUCAGUUGAUAAGAAUGUCCCCAGAAGAGUCACAGUAAAAAUGACUUUGAGAGGCAUCUUGCAUUCAACAGUUGAAAUAUUUGAGUACUUAACUGAGUGCCAAGAACUAGGCCAGACACGCAGACACGACAGUUGCCUAAACACAGGCUUUUCCUCCAUGGAGAUGAUUAUCAUAUGGGAUGGACAGUCUCACAUGCCCAAAUUGUCUAAUCAAAGUGUAUAUGCUCAGAUGUCCAAUAUUUAUUUCAAAAGUGAACUUGUGAUGCCCCUGACCACCACCACCAUCCAGUCACACAUACCAAAUCUUCUGCCCCAUCAGUUAAUGGCACCUUUCUCUUGCCAGUUGUUCAGGCCCAAAACUUUGGUGUCUUCCUUGACUUUCAUUUUUAACAUUCUCUUAUCGGUAAAUUUUGUUGUCUCACCUUCAAAAUUCAGAGCAUGACCCCGUCUUACCUCCUCUGCUGCUACUAAUACUUCAGUAGUUUCAUAACUAAUCUAUUUGUUCCUGAGACCAAAGCUCAAACAGUCUGUUCUCAGCACAGAAGUCUUAUAGUGCUCAGGGAGGGUCCUGGAUGUAGAGAUGGAUAGAUAGAUAGAUAGAUCGACCGACUGACUGACCAACAGACAGACGGAUAGAUAGAUGAGUAUAAAACUAUGAGACCAGAUAAGGAAUGGGUAUAAAUGAAGGAGAGAUCUAAGGACUAGGCUCUGGGAUCUGCCAACGUUAAGAAAUUGGGAAGAAGAAGAACUGGUAAGCAGAGGAGACUGGGAAACAGGAUCCAGGGAGGAAGGAAGAAAUCAGAAGUGUGUGACGUACUGGCAUGUUGCAAGGAGAAAGGGAUGAGUUGCAUGAAAGUUGUGAAUUGGCCAACUAAGAUGAGGAUGAGGAGUUGACCAGUAGAUUUAACAACACAGAGAUCACUCAUGGCCUUUAGAAGAGCAGACUCGUGUGUUGAGGGUGAAGGCAUGACUGGAGUGGAGUCGAGAGAAUGAAAGAGAAAUUGGUGAUAGCAAGUGUGCUCAAUUCCUUCAGGGAAGUUUGUUACACAGAGGUGCAGAAAAAUGGGGAUAGAGCCUGUAGGAGGAAGUGGGUGGGACCCAGAGAGGUUUUUUUUUUUUUUUUUUUUUUUUUUUUUAAAGAUGAGACACAUAAUGUGUUGGUUGUUGACAGAAGUGAUGCAUUUGAGGAGGGAUAAACUGGUGAUGCAGGAGAGCAAGGGUGGUGGUACACAGGUGAUGGGAUGGGAGUGAAUGUCCAAGUCUUGGAAAAAGCACAGACACUUUACUGGAAGCUACUAGAGAGAAGGAAGAAUUAAUGAGAUAGGACUUUGUGUAUCAGGAGCAGCACUCUAGGUGAUGUUUUUCUGCAGGGCACAGGGGCCGGCCCAAGCUCUCAGGCCCUUCUGUGCAGCUCAUCUCUAUAUGCUGCGGGUGGCCAGCCUAUGCCAGAGCCACAGCAAUGCGGGAUCCGAGCCGUGUCUGCGACCUACACCACAGCUCAUGGCAACGCCGGAUCGUUAAC